AUGCUCAUCUCUGGAUCAUCGGCGGCUCUUUGGGCAUUGGCUUUGCCUUUUGCGGCAGCCAAGUCGUUAUGGUCUGAUUCCCCGGGAGAUUACAGUAGCUUCAUAAGCACUGCAUUUCCUCUAGGAAAUGGACGACUGGGAGCCAUGCCUGUGGGCUCCUACGACAAGGAGAUUGUUAAUCUUAAUGUCGACUCGUUGUGGCGCGGAGGGCCUUUUGAAAGUCCGACAUACUCAGGAGGAAAUCCAAACGUUUCCAAAGCAGGUGCACUUCCUGGAAUCAGGGAAUGGAUAUUCCAGAAUGGGACAGGCAAUGUCUCUGCGCUGCUGGGUGAGUAUCCGUACUACGGUUCGUAUCAGGUGUUGGCAAACUUGACCAUCGACAUGGGCCAAUUGAGUGAUAUUGAUGGAUACCGUCGGAAUUUGGACCUGAGUUCGGCUGUUUACUCGGAUCAUUUCAGCACCGGCGAGACUUACAUCGAAAGGGAAGCAUUCUGCUCGUACCCAGAUAAUGUUUGCGUUUACAAACUCAGCUCGAAUUCAUCACUGCCUGGUAUUACAUUUGGCCUCGAGAAUCAGCUCACCUCGCCGGCCCCGAAUGUCAGCUGCCAUGGGAAUAGCAUCAGCCUAUAUGGUCAGACAUACCCCGUUAUCGGGAUGAUUUACAACGCCAGGGUGACUGUUGUCGUUCCCGGGUCAAGCAAUGCAUCUGAUCUCUGCUCCUCAUUAACUAUCAAAGUACCAGAGGGAGAAAAGGAGGUGUUCCUUGUAUUUGCUGCUGACACCAAUUAUGAUGCCUCCAACGGAAAUUCAAAAGCUAGCUUUUCGUUCAAAGGGGAAAACCCGUACACGAAAGUACUCCAAGCUGCUACCAAUGCUGCCAAAAAGACUUACUCUGCACUCAAGUCAUCUCACGUCAAAGAUUACCAAGGCGUCUUCAACGAGUUCACAUUAACCCUCCCAGAUCCCAAUGGCUCAGCCGACCGUCCAACUACCGAGCUGCUGUCGUCUUACAGCCAGCCCGGGGAUCCCUACGUGGAGAAUUUGCUCUUCGACUACGGUCGGUACCUUUUCAUAUCAAGCUCGCGGCCAGGGUCUCUGCCGCCUAACUUGCAAGGUCUCUGGACAGAAUCCUAUUCUCCGGCCUGGAGCGGGGACUACCAUGCCAACAUCAACCUACAGAUGAACCACUGGGCCGUUGAGCAAACAGGGUUAGGUGAACUGACUGAGCCACUCUGGACAUAUAUGGCUGAGACAUGGAUGCCUCGAGGCGCAGAGACAGCAGAGUUGUUGUAUGGCACCUCGGAAGGCUGGGUGACGCACGAUGAGAUGAACACAUUUGGACAUACAGCCAUGAAAGAUGUCGCGCAGUGGGCUGACUACCCUGCCACAAAUGCCUGGAUGUCACAUCACGUAUGGGACCACUUCGACUAUUCCCAGGACAGUACCUGGUAUCGCGAGAAGGGCUAUCCCAUUCUCAAAGGAGCAGCGCAAUUCUGGCUCUCUCAGCUUGUGAAAGAUGAGUACUUCAAAGACGGCACUCUAGUGGUAAACCCUUGCAACUCACCGGAGCAUGGACCGACAACCUUCGGCUGCACCCACUACCAACAACUAAUCUGGGAAGUAUUCGGCCACGUCCUGCAAGGUUGGACCGCCUCUGGUGACGACGACACCUCCUUCAAGAACGCUAUCACGUCCAAAUUGUCCACCCUAGACCCAGGCAUCCACAUCGGCUCAUGGGGCCAAAUCCAAGAAUGGAAGCUCGACAUUGACGUUAAAAACGACACCCACCGCCACCUCUCCAACCUCUACGGCUGGUACCCAGGCUACGUCAUCUCCUCCGUGCAUGGAUCUAACAAAACCAUCACCGACGCCGUCGAAACAACCCUCUACUCCCGUGGCACCGGCGUCGAAGACUCCAACACCGGCUGGGCCAAGGUAUGGCGCAGUGCUUGCUGGGCACUCCUCAAUGUUACAGACGAAGCGUACUCCGAACUUUCGCUUGCAAUUCAAGAUAACUUUGCCGAAAACGGAUUCGACAUGUACUCUGGAUCACCACCGUUCCAGAUCGAUGCCAACUUCGGGCUUGUGGGAGCGAUGGUUCAGAUGCUUAUUAGGGAUUUGGACCGUUCCAAUGCUGAUGCUCGUGCCGGUAAGACGCAGGCUGUGCUGCUUGGACCGGCUAUUCCAGCGGCGUGGGGAGGUGGGAGUGUUGAUGGAUUGAGAUUACGGGGUGGUGGUGUCGUCAGUUUCAGUUGGGAUGAUAAUGGACUUGUCGAUUCAUGCAAUACGGAUCUUUCUGCGAGGGGGAGCGAUGCCUCUCGCGUGGAGUUCUAUGUUGCGGGUGGUAAGGCGAUUGACUGUUCAUCAUUGUGA